ACCGACGCCGACGACGGCGUGAACGGCCAUGUCAAAUAUUCUUUUCAAACGAUUUCGCUUAAAGCUUCUCAGAUUUUCCAGAUGGAUCCUAAGACAGGAGCGAUCUCUUUGGUGCAGAGCUUGGACUUCGAGGAUGCAGACUCCUACGAACUGGAAGUGGAAGCCCGAGAUGGCGGGGACCUUUCCGACACGGCAAAGGUCGCAAUCACCGUGACAGACGUCAACGACAACGCGCCCCAGAUUUCCGUCCGUUCGGCGCUGAGCGAGAUCUCGGAGGACGCGCCGUCGGGGACCGUGGUGGCCCUGCUGCACGUGCAGGACCGGGACUCGGGCGCCAACGGCGAGGUGCGCUGCUCGCUGGGCGCCGGCGUCCCGUUCCGUCUGGAGAAGUCGCUUGAGAAUUACUACCGCGUGGUGACGACGCGGGAGCUGGACCGCGAGGAGGUGGCGCAGCACAACGUGACGGUGCGGGCGGCGGACGGCGGGUCGCCGGCGCUGUGGAGCAGCGCGGUGCUGGCGCUGCGGGUGCUGGACGUGAACGACAACGCGCCGGUGUUCGCGGAGGCGCGGUACAGCGCGCGGCUGGGCGAGAACAACGCGGCGGGCGCGCUGGUGCUGCGGGUGCGGGCGUGGGACGCGGACUGGGGGCAGAACGCGCGCGUGCGCUACCGGCUGCGGGAGGGGCGGGUGCGGGGCUCGCCGCUGUCGUCGUACGUGUCGGUGCAGGCGGAGACGGGCGCGCUGUACGCGCUGCGCUCGUUCGACUACGAGGAGGUGCGCGAGGUGGGGCUGUGGGUGGUGGCGGAGGACGGCGGCGCGCCGGCGCUGAGCAGCAACGUGUCGGUGCGGCUGGAGAUCGUGGACGAGAACGACAACGCGCCGCAGGUGCUGUCCCCGCCGGCGGCGGCGGCGGCAGGGGGUUCGGGUCCGGGCUCGGGGUGGUCGGGCGUGGAGCUGGCGCCGCGUUCGGCGGAGCCCGGGGCGCUGGUGGCCAAGGUGGUGGCGGUGGACGCGGACGCGGGUCAGAACGCGUGGCUGUCGUACGAGCUGGCGAAGGCGACGGAGCCGGGGCUGUUCCGCGUGGGGCUGCACAGCGGCGAGGGGGUUCUUACGAGGAAGCGAACGUUGGGUGGUUCCUCGGCGGAACCACUGGUUGGGGCGGCGUGA